UAAGUUAAACACAAGUUCAAACUGAGGUAAACAUAUUUUAAAUUGAUAAUGUUAAGACAAAACAGACAGGCAGCUUAAUUUACAAUAAUAAUAAUUGUUGUAAUAAUUAUUAUUUUAAGGAAGUCAACUGAGAUUAAAAAAUAUGUAAAAUAACAAGUUACGUUUUACGAUAACCAAACAAAUCGUCUCACCAUUGAACAUCGCCAAUUAUAUGUAUACAAACCGCAUUAGAAAAUUAUAUAUAUUAUGAACUAUUUUUAUACGUUUUAUAGAGGUGAGCUAUUGAGGUAGAGGACGUCGGAUUUUAAGGAUAUUAUAGAACACUAUGUAACAGAAUGGGAGUUGUGUUAUUUUGCUUUACAUUUUUAUCAUUUCAACAAUGAAAACAAUACCAAAUAUUUCGAAUUAUUAUUCUUUAAUUUUUGUAUGUGUCGUUAUGAUGACAGUACACCGUAUUGAAGCGCAUCUUACUGAACGAGUUGACAGGUUUUAUGACUAUGUUUUAAACAAAGGAAUACCCAUACAGCAUAUAUAUGGAAAGGUAUAUCGUGUAUCGUACUUGAAGUGGUCAUGUAUAAUAGACACAUCAAUUGCAAAAAAAUUUAGAAAGGCAAACAUUUCAUGGAAGGACAUGUUUGAAACGGAUAUAGAUGUAUUGAGCAAAAAAACUGUGUUAUCACCCGAUAUAUUACGUAAAAAAAUUGGUACUUUGCCAGAAGACGGAACACCUGUUACCUUAGUUGCCAGACAGGGCAAUGUUAGCAUACCAAAAGAAAACGUAAUUAUCCGUCUAAACAACCACGGAACAUUAGAUGCAAGAACGACGAUGGUUAUGACAUGGCCUAAUCAUGUGAAGACUAUUGCCAUGUCUGCACAAAAACAGCCAACUAACGAAAUAAUUAACUGGACGCAUUAUAAUGCGGCUGGUAAAAAAAUGGAUUAUGGAUUAUGGAAUACAUCACAACCAUUGGUAAUACCACAAAAAAUUUGGGGUUUUAAAAAAUUAAUAUAUUACAGAGGUCCGUUUUUUUUCAUGAAAGGAAGUUAUAUUUUUGGACAAUUGGCCAAUUGCACACCAAAAGAUGGCAUUGGUUUGGGUGCAUUAAAUCGAGUUGUCGAUUUGAAAGGAUAUAUUUCAACACUUGGAUUCAGUACAGGUUUAGAUAAAUACAAUACAAAAUUCUUCAAUAGAUUUACAUUACUAGCACACAAGCUGGCUUGGUCGUAUUAUGUUGUACCUGAGUUAACGGACACAGGUGUAUUUUUUCAAGAUAUUGUGAACCUAUCCCAAUCCCAUAAAGUUUGGAAUUUCAGUGGCAUUUUACCUAAAUUCGAAUCUGUUUUUGUUUAUUUAAAUCUGAUGAUAGUAGUCAUGUUUAUAUUAAAAUGGGCAGUUAGAUGUAGAAAAAGAGCUAGGACGAAUAACUUGUUGCUGAAGUAAAAUGUUAAAACUAAACGUGAUAUUUGAAUGUUUCGAAGGUUCAAGGUAAAUCAACAAUUAGAAAAAUGCUUGAAUAUGACCAAUAAUAUGCUAAAAAUGUCCAGGUUGUCAUCUUAUUUUACAAAUGAAAAAUCUAUUGUACCUAGGAGGGAAUUCAUAUUUUAUAACGUAUUAUAAGUUUCAUGUUAUUUGAUGAGACAAAAAGCUCGUUGACUUAAAAUUGACACACAAUAUAUUAUCUCUGACUUUCUGCGAUUGAUUUUUUUAAGUUUGCUUGAAAUGCUUUUUUUAAAUUCAUAAUAUAUCUAAUAAUUAUUACUACAAUCAAAUUACAAAUACUAUUAUAAUUACUUUUAUAAAAUGAUAUAUGGGACUCAUUUUCAAGACAUUUAUUUUUCUAUUCCGCCCGACAAUAAAAAAAACAAAAAAAAAACAGAGUAACGUACCACCCUCAUAUUCGUGGACCAGUCACAAUUGAGCGCCAUUACUUAACUUGACAUGUAUCUAUGUAUCGAAAUAGCUGGUAAUUAUGGUGGCUUAUUUCUGCCAACCAUAUAUAAACAUAUUUACCAUGAAUAUUUUUCGUUAAAAUAUCACUUAUUCAGUUAUUAUCUGCCAAGUGACAAAACUGCCUGUUUGCCACUUAAGUAUCUUAACAGUACAAAACUGCCUGUUAGUUUCCACAUAUUCACUUACGUUAACUAGGUAUCACGAUUUUUGUCAAUUAGUCAGCUAUCUAAAAAUAAACGCUAUUGGGUCCUCCUCUACAUCAGAACACUCAAAACACUGAUGGUGGCUGCGAUUGAUUCUUCGAUGAAUAAAAGAAGAAACAUUUCUGAACAUGACAUUUUUAUAGUUUUUUAACAAACUUACUGAAAUGGCAACUAUGUAUUUUAUCGUUAAACGCUACACACGUUACACAAGACACCAAAAAGGAGAAGAAAAAUAAUGGUUAAAAAUGGUGAUAAUUUCUGCCGUGUAUUUAUGUUAAAUAUCACUGCCAUGCUUAAUUGAUCUCAAUUGCCUUUCAAUCCUUCUGCAAAGAAAUAAAGUGCUGCAGAAAACAGAAAAAAUAUGUUAAAUGUAUAAAAUCCAAAUCAAAUAUAUUUAACUUGACUAAAUAUAUAAGUAAAGAGUGCAUACAGAGCUACUUUUAUACUUAACGUAGUUCGGUACAUUUUGUGCACAUGCGCGAAUGAUCACGGUUUACUUAAAAUCGAAACAUUUAAGUGUGUCGAAUUUUCCUUUUUUCUUGCUUGCUUUCCAAGAGAAUCUUCAGUAAUCGGCGUCUUAAUGGAAAAGCUAAAAGGAACCUAUUCGUUAAUGCUUUAAAUCUAAGUUUAUGAUUUUUAACAACAUUCACCGGUUUCGUAAAGCGGUCGUUUAUUUUGGCGCAAUGCGGAAGUGUCGUCUUGAUGCAGUCUUUUGGCUGAAAAAUUGACGAAUUUUUCGUCUCACUACGCCUGUCAUUUGUUUUACGUUUGCCAUCAGUUUUAGGCAGUAACUGUUAGCUGUGGAGAGUACUGGAACAGACUAUGAAGUAUUUCUAUAGAUCUAAAUAUGGUUCGUAAAAAAGAACAGUUUGUCUGGCAUUCGGAAUUCCUACGCUAGUGAUCCACGAGGACUUUGUCCAGUUUCCAGAAUGGCAGGAUGGAAGGACUUAUUGAAUGAAACCACUUGUCAAGGCAGCUUAAACGUUGCAAUAAAUGUAAUCAGCAGCUGCAUCUUUAGUCUAACUAAUCCGACGUAUACAGUUUGUUUUAUAUUGUGACGGUCAAACUGUGGCUGUAAAAGUCAGAACUUUAAAAGCAGCCACUCAGCGACAGUAAGCUUGUCUACAUUUUCCAUAAAAUUUCCAAAAAAAAUACUGGAAAAAAAAACAUGGUUAUACAUACGACAUCAACACAAAAUAGCACAGCACCAGAAUGAGUGCGGAAGUUGUCCAGAGUGGUGUGGCAUUGUUCCUGUUCAUUUAUGGUAUUAAGUUUCCAAAAGUCUGAACAAGAUAUGAGUAGAGUACAGUUUGAGAACUAUCUUGGUAGAACGGAUACUAAGGAUAUAGUAAAGAGCAGAACAGACCACACUUCUCCUUGUUAUAACUGGUAAAGUCCCAAGUAAGAGCAAGUACAACAAUGCAGCCCCAGUGAGAGUUCGUGAUGAGGUGUCAACUGUAAAUGUGUGGUCAUUAAAUGAUUGACAAGUAACAAUGGCAGAUGUACUCCAGACUUCACACAUAUGUUGAUGUUUAUACAUAUGUGGUCAUUAAUUUGUCAAGUGAAGAAAUUUUUGGAAUAAUGUUAGUGGGUGACAGAACAGAAGUACAAAGUCAAGUACAGAGGUCGACAACACUGACUGAGUUUAGGAUACAGAAAAAAAUCCGGUGAUUCUGACGAAAUAACAUACAAAGAAAGAUUAUACUAGUAAAAUGAAAACUUUUAGUGUAUGGAAAGUUUGGAAACAGGUUUACCAUUGACAAAAGAGACAGUAUUUACAGACUGGUCUACACUUAUUUUGAUUUGACUUUUACACAGUGAUUCCUUCAGUAAACAGCUAGUGAUCUGAGAGAAUUGUAUUCAUUAUAUCAUACAGGUUUUGAGUGAAUGUAAAAUUAAUGUUUAUUUAAAUCAAUCAUUUUUUUUCAAAAUUGGAUGUUUAAACUUUACACCUGUUUAGUAUUUCAGUAAUCAGUUAGGAUUUUUGAGUGAUUUCAAUAAAGUACCAAUGAAAAAAAAAAGAAUCACUAUCAGCCAAGAUAAUGUGCUAUUGUAAAAGAUAGAAAAUAAAUUCACAAGUCAUAUUAACUUGGUAACAGGGAUUUUAACAGUGAUUGGUGAAGGAUUCUGAAUAUUGUAUCAAAUAGCUAUAAUGUAUUUUGCAGUUCUUUGGAUGUGGCUCCUAUCUAUCUCUUUUCAAACCAAAAUUUAUCUCUUAAAUCUAUUGAAAUUGGCAUCAAGAUAAAUAUUUCUUUUAAAAACAAUAUAUUUAACAAUUAAGACCAGUUCUCUGUAAGAACCAAAAAAAGUUGGAAACUCUUAGUCACAGAUUUCCUUUAAACCGAUUUUUUCUUGCAGAGGGUGCAAACUUAAGCAAAUCCUGUUUUUCAUUUUUUCAAUAUAUGUCCCGGUUACCGUGGAAACGAGGAUGCAAAUCCCCAACUUGCUGAAUGUUCAAAAACGUAGGGGUGCAUGCCUAUUUUGUUAUCUGGAAAGUACUAGAAAGUGUCCUUUAUUUUCGUUCUUGCAAAUUUUAAAGACAAAUGAACAAGGUUUCAUACCAAACAAAUAUUUCCAAAUAUUUAUUUGAUUCUUGUAUGAUCUAGACUUUUAUCUGCAAGAAAAAAUAUAUUUAUGGAGCAAAACACAUGUUUAUAUUAUGCUCUACAUCUUGAAAAGUGCACAGGUUUCAGCAGAAAAGUAUAGUUGUUUGUAUAAAGGGAAGAUGAUAUUUCAAAAAGAAACAUAAAUCGUAGUGGGUCAUUCAGACACAUUCUUGUAGAUUUGGGCCAAAUUUUAUGAUUUGUGGCAUUUUUCAUAUUUUUAUAACCUCUCCUUAAUGCUCUUUAUUUAGGAAAUCACAAAGAGCUUAUCUAAGUUUACUUCCUGGAUCAUGCUGAAUUCAGAUUUCUACUCUGAUUUUAUAAAAUAUUUAGUAUAUAGAUAUAAUGACAGUCAGAGAUUUUAUGCUAAAGGGCAUACAUGCUUGAAUGUGUCCCUUCAUACCAAGUCCACGUUUAAAAUUUGCUGAAUAGCGACAUUGUUUGGGGAAAAUACUCUGGCAGAAAAGAGUCUAAACUGUCAGAGUCUGACAUCUGUGUGUUUAUUUCCAUAAGUGAAGUUUGUAUCAACUGACUGAAGAAUCAGUGUUAAAGGAUAACACUACAAUGAAACAGGUGAGUCUCGUAAUAUUUUAUGUUUUAAUAUGACCUGUAAAAAUUUCAAGCUAUGCAAGAUAUGUGCUCACUUCUUUCAACAGAUUCAAAGACCAUACAUAGGCUAUUUUCUUACAUAUUGGACAGACAUUUCUUAUUAUUUUACCAAGAUAAAACUUACAGGCAUUUGUUCCAUCAUUUUGGGAAUACCAUGCACCAACACCAGUGGAAUUGGGAAAAUACAUUCAGAAAUUGUCUAAUGUGGAAAUUUCCAAAUUACCAAAAUCUAUGUAAAGAUAUUUUUUUGUGUAAAAUAUUAAUGGAUUACAUUUCAGUAAUUGAGCAACACUAUAAAUGUUGUUGUAAUAACCUAAAUAUAGAUAUAUACAAAUUUUCAAAACCAUUUUAAAACAUCAAACACUCAUAUAAGGUAACACAUUUUGGAAUUUCAUAUUCAGACUUGGGAAGAAACAUACUGUUUUCUUUGAGAUUACCUCCUUUUAUUGGAGGUAGAUCAUAAUGGAAAAAGCCCUGAUUUUAGUUGUAAAUGACCAUUAGCAUGCUUUUUAUGUUAUUUGUAAAAAUCAGAUAAAGACAUAUUUUCAUUUCAAAAUGUAUAUAUUUUUGUAAAUUUAUUUGUUUUGUUUUUCAGCUGUGAGUUGUUUCUUUUGAAAAUGACUGCUUGAUGAUAAAGUUUCAAAUAACUAUGAAGUGAGUGGAUGUUCUAUAGAAACUAAUUCUUCAAAGAAUGAAUGAUCAUCAUCAUCCUCAUAUUGGAAUAAAAGGAAGGAAGUGACAGCUACAGACAUGGUGAAAGUAAAUGCAGUCAGAAGACCUCUGAUAUGUCCUGAAGAGCCAGCCUUCUCAAUAUUCUGUAUCAAAUAAAAAUAACAAGGACUGCUAAAAAUAUUUUUAUAACUUGCAAAUGUGCAGUCUGUGAGAUAACUGUCUGAUCCAGGUAGUUUAGUGUUGACAAGAUGACAUUUCAUCUCUAUAGUAGAGGACACAAGUUUGAAAUGCAGUAUGCCAUUGUGAAGGCAAAAUGUUUAUGAAAAUAGUGUGUGUGUUUUUCAAAUAGAGAGGCUGAAAGUGAGGAAUCAUCAAUUAGUGUUUUUGAAAUAAGUUAUGGACAUCUGAAUAGUGAAGAUCUGUCCCAUUUUUGGAUUAACACAGACCAGAAUAAUGAUUGGUGCCUUUGACAUAAAUAGAAGAUCUCACACUGGACACCCUGAAGAUGGAAUUAUGUUGUUUGCAUUAAUGUUUCUUUUUCAGAUUUAUGGAAAAAAUUAGAAUGUCAUUUCUUAAAAAUGUUGAUAGUUGUUUAACCAAAGGCCCUGUCAUUGAAAAAUAUCUUUAUUCUUGAGUUUAUAUUAAAAUUCAAAAAAUCUGAUACUGUUUGAUUACUUUUGCAUGUAUAAAAUUAAAUUUGUUAUAUUUAAAUUUGAUAAAAUUUAAUGUAUUUUGAAAAAAGAUGCACUUGAACAUAUCUAAAUGGAAUAAACACAUGACAGUCUUUGAAUAUCUGUAAAAAAACACAUGUUUUGCAGUUCUCAUCAGAUUUGGUUACCAAUUUACAGCACAAUUAUACUUGAAGGCUUAUUACUCAGACAUAUGCAGAUCUAAUUUUAUAUUUUCUACCAUAGAUAAUUUUAUUUCAUAUAGAUUUUUUAAAUCUUUAAAAAAUACUGAGAAAAUAUAGCAAAACAAUGGUUGAAUUAGUAUACUUGAUUUGAUGAGACUGUUGAAAUAUUACAGUUAUUUUUCCCUCUUAAGCCUGUAUCAUAAAAUCAUAUUUUCUGAUGAAAUUUAUUUCUUAAGAAUGUUGCAAUGCAGAUUUUAAUGAAAAUUCACACAUUUGUAAAGUGACCUAUAUUGUGUUAGGUAAUAACUUAAGCCCAUAUAUACUAAUUGGCCAAUAAUUAAAGAGAACAUCUGAGUUUCUAGUUGACUUUCUGACUAACUUAAGACCUCAUUCAUGUAACAAAAUCUAUUAAUCUUCAGAAAUCCAGUAAAAUUGUCAUCUGUAAAACAGGUUUGAUUCUAAGAUAUACAAGGCAUAUAACAUCCUAUUUUACCAGCAUAUAUUUACUUUAAUAAAUAAAGUGGAUUUAGUUGUGUAUUUUGAUAAAUUUUGGAAAAAGCAUUAGGAGAUAUGUCUGCAACUGCAGUUUGUAUUAACUGGGUAUUUACUGGCACUUGAAUGUGCAUGAUCAGGGUUUUUCUGAAUAAACUUAGUAAAGUCUUAAAUCUACAUUUUCUAUAGCUAUCCGUAAAAAGUCUAGCCAUUGUCUUGAUAGUUUGAAAGAAUUAAAUACAUUUGAGCCACGCCAUGAGAAAACCAAGAUAGUGACUUUGCGACCAGCAUAUAUCCAGAGUAGCCCGCGCAGUCUGGUCAGGAUCCAUCCUGUUCGCUUUCAAAGCAUAUUGCAAUAAGAGAAACUGUUAGUGAACAGCGUGGAUCCUGACCAGACUGCGCUGAUGCACAGGCUGGUAUGGAUCCAUGCUGGUCGCAAACGCACUAUGUUGGUUUUCUCAUGGCGCGGUUCAUUUAAAGUUGUAUCGAGCAAAAUAUUGACUAAAUUGUUCUGUAGAUUAUUUGAUUUAAUUUGAUUGUUGUAGGAAGAAUGUGCUUCAUGACUGUUAUUACAUGAACAUACUAUAUUAUUUUUAGAUAUCAUGAUAUGUUUCAGUCUUGGAUUACACUGUUAUUUGUUCAUAAUUUUGAAUUGUAUUUAAAAAGUUUAUAUUAAAUUAAAUGGCGAAGUAGACAUGAUUUUGCUUUUACUACUAUUUGUUUCCAUAGCAACAAAAUGAUUUCCAAAGGUGAAAGGACACUGUCUUUACACAAACACACAUAGAUAUUUUUAUGCUGAAUCUUUUUAAAUUCCUCGAUUUCUCCCUAAAUUCUGUGGAGGGAGGGAGUCACUCCCUCCCUAAAAUUUUGACGUUGGAUGAUCCCUGUUUUGUAAUGCAAAAUGAAUGUUGUAACCAUGGCAACUUGGAACAAAAUUGGACAGUCAUGAUAAGUAACCAUACAAUACCUUAAAGGCCAGUAUCAGUUGGUUAUGAAUAUUUUCAACUGCUUUGAAACUCAAAAUUAGUUUAACCAAAAGAAAGAAAAGUGCAUACAAGGUUGUUGAGAACUGACCUUGUGACAAUGCUUUAAGUUUCAUAGAUCAUUAUUAUGGUUGUAUCCUUCUUAAUUCUGCACAGAAUGUGCUUCAGGUGCGUUAGAUGCACUGACAGUUUGCAGAUGAACCUUUCUUGUUUCAUAGAAUACAAAAUUUAUACAGAAAGUGCUUUAAAAAGGUCUAAAUUAUAAAUUUCUUGUACGUUGUCAUGGUAACGGAACAUUCUCCUUAAUUUCUAGACAAUGUGUUGGACAGUAUAACUUUGUAAAAUGAUUUUACAUGAAAUAUUUAUGUUUUGCUAUAAUUCUGUAUCUGGCAAUGUAAUAUUAUUACAGGUUAUUCUGUAAUUUAGGCAUAAAUGAGUUUGCUGAAAACUCAUCUUUUGUCAAUUUUAGAUUUCUGUCAAAAGCUAAAAUAUGAAUGACCCACUAAAAUUCCUCCUUAAAUUGAAAUGGGUAUCAUAGCUCUGCUGAAUCCUUACAAGUAUUAUAUUCAGAUGCGUGCACUUUUGUUUUCUGUUAGAAGUUGAAAAAUAUACAUGCAGACCAAUUUUUAAAGAUAAUGUAAAAUCUUAAAAGGGGGUAUUUAUAAAAUUGUUGCUUCUAAAACUGUGAAAAUGUUGAAAGACAAUAUUUGUUCUAAAUAAUUACGUGAGGUAUGUAUUUCAGGCAAAUAUGAAAAUUAAUGCUCUAUUUCAGACACAGAGACCACUAUGUGUGAAGAAAAUUGUAACGUUUUAGUAAAAUUUGACACACAGAAAUUGCCAUUUUUCGCAAAAAGUAUAAUGUUCCGUUUCCAUGGUAACCAGAGCUGAUUCAUAUCUUUUCACCCUUGAUUCUUCAUAUAUGGCUUGAAUACUAAAAAGGGUGCAAAUAUGAAGUAACUCUGAGACUAUGAGUUUCCGACCCCUUCUUUAUUUUUUUGGUUCUUACAGAGAAUUGGUCUUAAAAGGUAUAUUCAACAAGCCAGUACUUUGAUACUAUUCUUAGUCGGUGGAAUUUAUUUUUAGACUUGUCCUAUUUUUUAUUCAGUUUCUGGAUCCCCAUUUAUUAAUUACAGUACACAUUUUGCGAUUCCAGCAAUUUUCCACAUCCUCAUUACAAGAUAGUAUUGAUUUUUUAUUGGUCCAGGGGUUAACUAACUUUAGCAUAAAAUAAAACUGUUCUAUUAAUAGAUUUUCAGAAAAUUUGUUUGAGUAUUAUUACAUUAAUAUUGGAUACCCAUGAUACACAUUUAUGUACUUUUAUUUGAUUUGAACAUUACUGUUUAAUAUUAUUUUGGUAAAUUUCAUUAGUAAAAGGUCCAAGGUACUUUUCUAAAAUAGUCAAUAAAUAAUAAUUUUCAAAUAUAAUAUCUUGUGCUGUGAAUUGAAAAGAAAUUUAUUUACUUCAGUACUAUUCAGUUCUAAACUUGAAAUAUACUUUGAUAGGUACUUGGUCUAUUGCACACUUUAUAUAUUACUGUGGCCUGAUUAGAAGUAGCCUGUUGGUGUAAUUCAGUAUCUUAGUAUAGGAAGAAUUAUUUAAGAUAGCUCAACACAACUUCUGGACAUUAAGGUGAUUUAUUAUCAUAUAUGAUAUAAGAUAAUUUUCAUUGAGAGUCCUACAUACCAGAACAUUUUUGAGUGACAAUUAGAAAUAUUUAAGAUUACUUGGGGUGGUUCACUACCUGUUAGAACUAUUUAACCAUCUGUUAGAAAAUGAUAAUACGGUACGGUACUAGGAAUUGUUUUAGUACUCUAAACGCAAUCAUCACAACAAGAAAUUUUAUAUGUGCUGAAUUGAAGGUCAUUUCCUGGUUAUUGUCGUAGUGUUUAUAAAUCCCCCGCCACAAGUGGUGGGGGUUAUAGGAAUGGCCUCUGUCCAUCCUUCCGUAAUUCCAUCCUUCCAUCUUCCGUCCUUCCGUAACAUUCUGUGUCCACUCUGUAUCUCAUUAACCCCUUGAACAUGUUGAAGGAUUUUUAUGAAACUUGGUUCAAAUGAUCACCUCAUCAAGACGAUGUGCAGAACCCAUGAGUCAGCCAUGUCGGUUCAAGGUAAAGGUCACAACUCAAAGUCAAAAGUUUGAACCUUCAAUUUUGUGCUAUAUAAUUCAUACUUAACUUAAAAAAAAGUGGGUGGGUUAAUAUUACAUCUGUUUUUUAUGAUGAAAUGUCAAUGUAAAUGGCUUGGAACUAUUUUGUUAUUUAAAAUUAUGUUUUGCACACAUGUUCAUAUUGUUUAGGCGUUUAUUUUCAUUAAAAUAUUUGUUGUUAUGGCUUAUUUGCCAGCCAUCCCCAAUAUUAUAAAAUAUUCUAAAAUUUUGGUACUUUUAUGAUUAAAUACAGAAUA